CUCACUGUUGGACAAGCAUCAGCAGGCUCCCUUCCCAGCACCUGCCACAGUAGCUACACUCAGCCAAGCAUGGCCAGCACACAGGUACCCUUCACCAUCAGCCAGAAGAGGAUGGAGCUGGGCGAAAUCGUGGUGACUGAACACCCCAGUGAGAGGGAGUUGUACAAGAAGGAGAUGCCAAGAGCCCAGGAGCUGCUGUGGAGAGGUGGAAACUGGAUCCACCACGGGUUCGGUUAUCUCACGGGAGAAAUGAAAGAAUAUGGAGAGUGGAUGAAAAACAAGCCCUUGAUGGUUCAGCUGCUGGACUGGAUCUUGCGAGGGACCUCUCAGGUGAUGUUUGUCAACAACCCUCUGAGUGGACUCAUCAUUCUGGUGGGGCUUUUCAUCCAGAGCCCCUGGUGGAUGCUCACAGGCUGUACUGGAACCACCGUGUCCACGUUAACUGCGCUGGCCCUCAGCCAGGACAGGUCAGCCAUUGCAGCCGGGCUGCACGGCUACAACGGGAUCCUGGUGGGGCUGCUCAUGGCCGUCUACUCYGACAGAGGAGAUUACUACUGGUGGCUUCUUCCCCCUGUGGCAGUGAUAUCAAUGGCCUGCCCAGUUUUGUCCAGCGCUUUGGGGUCCAUCUUCAGCAAAUGGGACCUUCCUGUCCUCACCCUGCCCUUCAACAUCGCGGUGACCCUGUACCUGGCGGCCACAGGACACUACAACCCCUUCUUCCCCACAACCCUCAUCAAGCCCGUGGCUGCAGUGCCCAACAUCACCUGGUCUGCCAUCAACGUGCCCCUGCUCCUACAGUCCAUCCCCGUUGGUGUUGGCCAAGUGUACGGCUGUGGGAACCCCUGGACUGGAGGCAUUUUCCUGCUGGCCCUGCUCAUCUCCUCCCCGCUCAUUUCUUUACACGCUGCAAUCGGAUCAGCCGUGGGGAUGUUUGCAGCUCUGAGCAUCGCGUCCCCGUUCGACAGCAUCUACCUGGGCUUGCACAAYUACAACUGCGCCCUGGCCUGCAUCGCCGUCGGGGGCACCUUCUAUGCCCUCACCUGGCAGACACAUCUGCUGUCCCUUGCCUGUGCAUUAUUUUGUGCCUACUCSGGAGCAGCUCUUGCUAAUGCCCUCUCUGUGCUCGGGCUGCCCGUCUGCACCUGGCCCUUCUGCCUGUCGGCGCUCCUCUUCCUCCUCAUCAAUUCGGAAAACCCGGCCAUCUACAGGAUGCCCCUGUGCAAAGCCACCCACCCCGAAGCCAACCGGCUCUACUACCUGCGCAUGAAGAGAAGRGCCUCGGAGGGCAGGAGGGAGGAGCAGAAGAGAAAGGAGCAGAAAGCCUCGGAYAGCUCGAGAAGCAGCGGGGGCACCCCUCUGUGCACCCCAAAGAGCCGCCACGCCCGCUGAUUUUGGGAAGGCACAGCUGUGCAUUUUGGGGACAGCUUCUCAAAUGUCACCCGGGCACAGCACAGCCACAAGCACCAAUUUUUGCCAGCAGUAUGCAGGAUGGGGAUUCAGCAUUCCACGGUUUUGCCCUUGAGCUAAGCUUUCCAAAAAGCACUCAGGUAACGAAAUAACAGCUGCCUUAUCAAUCCACUGGCUGUUAACUUGAAAGUCACCUCUUAUCAAUAAUAAUUACAAGAAUAGGCAGAAGAACAUUAAAGCUGACAAGAGGCUGCAUUUAAUUUCAGAGGUGUAAUUUAACAAAAUAAAUAUGCUGAGAAGGCAUUGGUGUCUAAUAAUAAUAAAUAAUGUAAGAAGCAAGUCAAGA